AUGGCAAAAAAUCCCCAGGUGCCUCCUACUACCAAACCUUCGGACAAUUACUAUGAUCUCGGCACGUACGAACGCCAAGUGACGACCAACUCACCAGAGGCCCAACUAUGGUUCAAUCGUGGUCUCGUAUGGGCCUAUUCAUUCAACCAUGAAGAGUCGGUUCGUUGUUUCGAAAAAGCCGCCAUGUCUGAUCCCAACUGCGCCAUGGCAUUCUGGGGGAUAGCUUACGCCGCCGGUCCCAACUACAAUAAGGCCUGGGUACGGUUUGAUCGAAAGGAUUUGGAGCACUCCGUCCAGAGAUCGAAGGAUGCUUUGGCCAAUGCGUUGGAGCUUGCACCCCAAGCCUCUCCGGUAGAACGCGACGUGAUCCACGCUCUCGCCGCUCGAUUUCCGUCCGCAGAGAUUCCUACCGACCUGAAGACGCUGAAUGAGGCCUACGCUGAGGCAAUGCGCCCGGUAUAUCAUGCAUACCCCAAGGAUCGCGAUGUAAUUGCAUUGUUUGUGGACGCUCUCAUGUGUCGUCGGCCUCGAGACUUGUGGAACGUGGAUACUGGCGAGCCUAGUGAUCCUCUCACUGUAGAGGCUCGUACCGUUCUGGAAUCCGGAUUGGCAAGACGUGACGGCUACGACCAGCCUGCUUUCUGCCACUUGUAUAUCCAUCUCAUGGAAAUGUCUCCCUCUCCGGAGAUAGCCUUGCCGGCUGCGGACCGUUUGCGCCACCUCGUUCCCGAAGCCUCCCAUAUGCUGCACAUGGGAAGUCAUAUUGAUAUUGCAGUUGGGGAUUAUCGCCGGGUUGUAUCGUCAAACCACGACGCGAUAAUUGCUGACGACAAAUACUUUUCUCAAGAGAAAGGGUCUAUUCUUUACACGGCGUAUCGAGCGCAUAAUAUCUACGCAAAGGUGUAUGGAGCUAUCAUGUGUGGUCGAUUCAAAGACGCCAUAUCCGCUGCGAAACGACUGUAUGACGUUCUGAACGUCGAAGUUCUUUCAAUUAGAAGUCCACCAAUGGCCGACUGGACAGAAGGCAUUCUUGCUAUUUUGCCGCAUGUUUUGGUCCGUUUUGGUCGAUGGGACGAAGUUCUUAGGCUGGAGCUACCAACAGACCGGGAAUUGUUCUGCUCCACUACCGCAAUGAUUUUAUAUGCACGCGGAAUCGCCCACAGCGUCCUAGGACACAUUGCUGAAGCUGAGCGUGCGCAAGCCGAAUUUGAAGCCGCGCGCGCCAAAGUGCCGGAAAGCCGUCUUAAUAGCUUGCCAGCCAAAGAACUCGAUGUGUUGAGGGUGGCUUCAGCUAUGCUCCAAGGCGAGCUGGAAUACCGCAAGGGCAACAUUGAGUCAGCCUUUUCCAGUCUCCGAAAGGCCGUGGAGCUGGAGGACGCGAUUCCCUAUUGUGAUCCACCAGCGUGGAUGCAACCCGUGCGUCAUGCCCUUGGCGCUCUUUUGUUGGAACAGAACCGACUCGAAGAAGCUGAGGUGGCUUUCCGAGAAGAUCUUGGCCUCAGUGAAACUUACCCUCGACGUCGUGCUCGGGUAAACAACGUAUGGGGGCUUCAUGGUCUUUAUGAGUGUUUGACGCGGUCUGGCAAAUCGAAGGAAGCUCUGCUCAUUCGUAAUCAACGGGACUUCGCACUGGCAUCCGCAGACACACCAAUCACCGCAUCUUGUUAUUGUCGCCUAUCAACCUGUGGGGAGAACGAGAAGACAUGUUGCUCAACGUCUGCAAAAUCAACCUUGUAA